AAUCCUAGUUAUUUUAUUUCAGAGGCUGAGGCAGAAGGGUUACAAUUUGGUGAGACCCUGUCUCAAAACACAACACAACAAAACAAACAAACAGCAAACAGAGAACCUUUUUAGAGAUGAAACCAGGGUGACAGGAGCAUGGCUGUGCCUCAAGCUUUUCCAGUGGGCCCCCUUCCUGAGCCUGCAGGUGCCCUGAUGGAAGCCCAGCCCUGUGCUCAAAAUUUGGCUGAGGGCUUCCUGGAAGAGGAGCUUCGGCUUAAUGUGGAGCUGAGCCAACUGCACUUUUCACAGCCUGUGGGCCUCAUCUACAAUCCUGUGGAUUAUGCAUGGGAGCCACAUAGAAGCUAUGUGACUCGCUAUUGCCAGGGCCCCAAAGAAGUGCUCUUCCUAGGCAUGAACCCGGGACCUUUUGGCAUGGCCCAGACUGGGGUGCCCUUUGGGGAAGUGAGUGUGGUCCGAGACUGGUUGGGCAUUGGGGGGCCUGUGCUGACUCCGGCCCAAGAGCACCCUAAGCGACCGGUGCUGGGACUACAGUGCCCACAGUCAGAGAUCUGGAAUCUUUUUGGAAACCAACUCUGCCCCAUCUUCUGGUGCCAGAACAGAAAUGUAGAGCCAUUUCUGGACAGCCACACAGCAAAGCAGCGAGAAGCUGGGAAGCCCCCUGUCCGGAUCCUCUUCUCUUCUCUGGGUGUGAUCACAGAGAAAAGGGUGGGAUUGGGGAGAGCUGGGAGAAGACCCCGCCCAGCCAGCCCAGAUCCAAAUGUGCACGUGAUGGAACUGUCUGCACAGCCAAGGACCCCUCCCUCCCGAGGAGAAAAUCCCACAACUGGGGAACAUCUGGAUCAAACCACAGCCAUGAAAGCACAACAUCAAACGAGGGUUUCUGAGCAACCCUCCCAACAGGCCCUGGUCCAAGAGAAAAUGCAGAUCUUCCUGCUUGAAGCUUUUAAGUGUCACAGAACCCCUGAGUUUGGGAUCUCUCCUUAUUCACAGGAGACAGAUGUCCCGAGUGAGGAUGGUUGGGUUUGAUUACCCCCAGUGGGAGAGGAUAUUGUGUGACCCGGUCCUGGCUGUGCUGGGGUGGGGGUAGCCUGGGACUUAAAGCUGUGAUCAGGGGCUCUGGCAGUUCGGGUGGCGGGGAGGGAGGGUGUGGGUGUGGGGUAUGCUGGGGAGCAAGGGGACAGGUGAGCCUUUUAAAACGUGCCUACAUCAAAGGGUUCAGUACGCUCCCUUCCCAGCUCUGGCGCCUCUGGGGGGAAGGAAAGCGGUGAUUUCACCACAUAACUGCACGUAGGGCGGAUCUCGGCCUGAGAACUUCUGGGGAAUGUGCAGAGGGGAGGGUGCUCCCCAGAGGGGAGGAAAGGGCAAGGGGGUUUCUCAUUUCCAAAAUAGCCUACCCAGGCCAAGGAAAAUUGGGCCAUAUGCUGCUUCCCUCCUACUCUACACCCAGUGGAGGCAGAGCUGGAGGGGAGGGUGCAUUUUUCCAAGGUGGGGGAGGAUGGAGCAGCUGCUGCAGGGGGAUGUUGGGAGCUGGAUCAGGGGUGGAGAACUGGGGGGAAGCAGGACCAUCUUCUCAAAAGGCAGAAAAGGGGAAAGCUGCAGAGUAUGUGAGUUCUGGGAGCCUGAAGGCUAGCCCCUGCACGCUCCCCAGGCUUUGGCCAGUCUCAGUCAACACCAUGCUUGGGACACCUGGACAUCAUGCUGGUGGGGGAUGGAUGGUGGGAGAGGUGGGCCAGGGAGGUACCUCAGAUCCUGCUGGAAUUGCAGUUCAGAUUUGGAUCGAGUGGGCUGGAUGUCGGCACCUCACUGUGACCUUGGUGUAAGAAGCCAGUGGUUUAUUUUUGGGAUGGAAGAUGACCUUGGUCAGGGCAGAAGAGAAGAAGGGCAUAUCAUUUUUUUUCUUUGGUACCGGGUAUUGAACUCAGGACCUUGCACUUUCAAGGCAGGCAGUGGAAAGGGCAUAUCUUUUUGCUUAACAGUUUACAUAUCUUAUUCUCCUUUAGGAAGCUGUCCCUGACUCAGAGAGCUUUAGGUGUGCACCUGGUGCUCCCCUGUGUGACCAGUAUUGUUCUUUUCACAUUGCCUUAUAAGGAUCUAUUUUAUAAUGGUUUCUUUCCCCAUCUAAACUGUCACAGCUUUGAAGGUAUUGGCCUUCCUUGUGCCCCUGUGCCAGCACAAUGCCUGGCAGAGUGUAGGCGCUCAGCGGUACUACUCGCUGCAGCUGGAGCCCAUUCUCCCAGAUUGAUGUUCUGGAGAAAGAGGAUGGCCCAUCUCAUCUCGUCUUGGAGUUUUGGGUGAGGACCCUGGUUGAUAGCAUUCUCUCCUGCCUCUGAAACUUAUUUUUCAUAAGGCUCACUUUUAUGGUUGGGUCUGGUAUUAUUUUAAGAUUUGUUUGUUUGUUUCGGUACCAGGGAUUGAACUCAGGACCUUGCACUUUCGAGAUAGGCACAGUGCCACUGAGCUAAAUUCCCGGCCCUAUUAUUUUAAGAUUUGGAGUGGAUAUGUCUUUUCUUGGUCCCAUGAGACCAUACUUGUUGGGGUCAGACUGCCCGGCAGGAGGGAAGAACUCAGUCAAAGUCAGUUGGUUGUGGACUAGCUGACCCUCUCCUUUAAGUGCUGGCGGCUCCAUCAUUGAUGUGUCAGCUUGUGUGGCUUCAUGUGGAGCUUGUGUGACUGAGAUUCUGUGCCCUGAUGAUCAGAGAUAUCCUGGCCUGCCCUCCCUCCCUCCCUCUUUUCUUUCUUUCUUUCUCUCUUUCUUUCUUUCUCUUUCUCUCCCCCGACCCCACUCUCGUGGUACUGAGGAUUGAACUCAGGGCCUUUGCACUGAGCUACAUCCCCAGGCUUUAAAAAAUUAUUUUUUUGAGAUACUGUCUUGUUAAGUUGUUAAGUUGCCCAUGCUGGGCCGAAACUUGUGAUCCUCUUCCCUCAGCCUCCCAGAAUGCUGAGAUGUCAGGCAUGUGCCUCCACAUUCGGCAGAGAUGUGUUGACUUAAUGGGUAGAAAAGGAGCUGUCUCGGAAAGCUAAAGACAUAGGGUCCUGGAUGGCUCUGCAAGCUGAGAGAAUGAGUGUUUGAGGGGGCAUUUUGGAGAAGACAUAGGCCAGUGAGUUUUAUUCAGUCUUUGGGAAACACAAGGAUGAAAGAGGUGGGGCAGUGGCAGAAGAACAUCCAGUGGAUAGACCGGGAAGACUGCAAGGAAGCGAUACAACUUUGCCUUGAGUGAGAACCCAAGUGUGAGGCUGGCAGGCCACAUACCUAAGAGGGUCCUGGGAAACUGUAAGCACUCAGGAUUGUGCCCACUGUCCAUUACCCGCCCACCCCCCCAUACACACUCUAGGCCAGAUGGGCUCUGAAGUUUCUCUGAUUUCUAGACCCAGCCCAGCCUCAGCCCCAGCAACAUCACCCAACACCAUGCUUGGGUCAAACCAGCUUUGUUCCAUACCCUGGGGGUCUGCCCUGGGGCUGGAGCUGCCUUUGAAGUGGAUGGAGAAAAGAUUGGUGGGCUGUGUGCUGAGCCUAGAUCUCCUCACUGUCAAGGAGAAGGGGAGGAUCUCCACUUUGAACCCUUUUCUAGGGGCUAAGGUGUUGACACCUUAGUUGUCAAAACUUGACUUUUCAUUUUUGGAAGUUGCCUGAGGCUGACUGAUUGACACCAAUCACUGCACUCCUGGGCCACAACUCUAGGUGGUGUCCUCCUCAUAGAAUUCCAUUUGCAAGAUGCCUCCUCUUCCUCUGAGAUGUAAGACAGCCUGCUGCCCUCACACCCUUUGGAGAUCAGGGUUCUGUUUAUAAGCCUGAACUGGUCAACCUGAGAACCAGCAAUACCGAGCAAGGUGAAGAGAUGGACAAAAUGAUCUCCUAAGUUAAGUCCGCAUGAGAACUGAGCACCAGGAAAUGGGAGCCGUCCCCUGGAACAACCGGUCCACAGAGCAGUGUGCAGUCGGACUAUCGUAAAACAAGCGAAAAGUUCAUCUAGGGAGAAAAGAGCACUGUCUUAAAGUCCCUAGAUGGAAAAGGAUAACAAUGCGGAAGUUAGCACGCAGUGAUAGCACUCGCUAAUGCGAGGUGAAUCAGAAUCAGUCUACUUUGCAGUCUUCGCAUUUGGGAUUCUCCGAAGCAGAAUGGCCUCGCUCUGUCAGUUACAUUUAUGCAUGGAAAUUAGCUGAAAUCAGAAAUGGGAUCCUGACCCAUUUCUGAGAGUCAGGAAUUUCUUUCCUUCUCUUUUUCUUCUUCUUAGGAAAGCUCAGUUCAUUGUUUAGGAUGAAAAAUAACAACCAGAUGAACGAAAGGAGAAUCAUCAGGAAUGAUAAAUAAUAUGCUCCAGAUGUGGCCAGAGGAAGCUGAGUCUAAGGAGCAUCACUGCCUCUGAGUAGUCACCUUGCAGGGAGCUCCCCUCAUCGCAGCAAGGCUGCACUGACAGUUUUUGCAGCUCCUCUUUUGCAAUUGUCUUCAGAGUAUAUGACUCUGUGUUUUUAAAAAUCUUUAUUGGCGCCUGCUCUGCAAACACAAGGACCGGAGUUCAAUCCCCAGUACCCAAAAAAAAAAAAAAAAAAAUCUUUAUUGGU